GUGAAAGUUUUUAUAAUUAUUCUGCAUCGUGAAACAGUAGUUACCUUAACAUUUUUCAUUCGCUGUGCUUUCGUGAGCUUUUGAGCACAAAUACUGCUAGUUCAAUAUAAUCAGUAGCUAUUUAAAAUUGUUGUAAAUUGUUUAUCGAAUAAGAUUUAAUUUACUUUUAUACCAACACAAUUUCGAGAAACAUUUUUUCGUUAUGUUGAAAUCUGAAUUAUUUGAAGUAUACGAGGAAAAAGUAGAAGCAUCCACGUUCUCACUUUCUCAGAGCGACAGCUGAACUAAGAGUAUCAUUUUUUUACGUCAACAAUGGACUCACUUCAUGCAUCACUUCUACACGUAAUAUUCCUAUUUCCAACCCUGAAACCUGUAAAGCUCAACCUGAUCUCAUUAGAACCAAAACACGAGUACAAAGUAUCCUUAUCGAUGAAAAAAACCAACCCCCCUUACGACCCACCAGUCUACUCGAACACCAGUGAUUUCAAACAACUAGUCAAACACAGCCAAGUAUUCAUCGACAACAGCCUACUAAUCGAGGGUAUCUUCGAAGAAUCCACGUUUCAGUCAAAAUAUCUCAGAAUAGGAGUACCUCCAAAAUGGGGUAAAACCGUCAAUAUGAAAAUGCUGCAGGCAUUUUUCGAAAUCCAAGUACACCAAAAUGGUACACCGAUCGAGCCAAAGGAGACCACUUCCAACUACAGACUGUUCCGAGAGGGUCGAGUAAUCUUGGACGGUGGCACAGUGGAGCAUUUAAGCAAACCAUUUUUGAUCCAUCAGAAUGAUCAGUUUUGUCGCCAGCAUCUGGGUCAAUAUCCAGUGAUGUAUUUACCAUUUCAAAACAUAACCGGUGAUACAGUCGAAGAGAUCAAACAGAGUGUCGACGAUUUCAUCCAACAAGUUUACAACGAGUUCAAAUACAUAAUGAUUCCGAUGGUGAAGCAUCAGAGUAAAAUUAAAAUAGACUCUUAUAUAAUGUUCAAAGUGGAUAGAUUUAAUCAAACCAUCCUCGGCAAUAUCUCCGAUCACACUUUCGCCUUAGAGUUCCUUAGUCAAAUACUAAACGAACAUUUUUCUAAAAAAGUAGUCGUCAUAAUAGACGAUUAUUCGGCUCCGAGUAUCGCUGCGAGGAAAAAUCAAAGAUUUGGCGAGCAUGAAAUUUACCAAGUAGAUGAACUGAUUAACGAUAUGACUUAUAAAUUAACGCAUAAUUUUAAUCAUAACCAGUUAAUAAUUAUUAUCGGAUCGGAGGAUGUGCAUUUACCGACGUUUGAAAAUUUUUGGGAUAAUAAUAUCACGGCGAGAGAUCUGCCUUGGUUUAAACAUUUCGGUUUCAAUCAACAAGACGUCGGUGUUUUGUUCGAAAAGAGGACUGUUUCCGAAGAAUUGCUCAAAUUACCUGUAGAAAGGUACGAGACACGGGAUCAGGACGUUAGUAUGGCGACGAUGGCUCAAUAUUUGAAUCGAGACGAGGUUAAGAAAGUAUUAUUUGAGUGAAAAUUGCAGAUAUUUUAGGCUAUGAGACCUGCCUUGAAUUUUAUUCCUCAGAAUAACUACUCAAAACCAGCACAUUAUCACCUACAAACCUGCAUUUAUAAUAUUGAUUUAAGAGUGUAUAAAUGUACAUAAUUAUUUUUAUUUUUGAAAGGAGCCCAUUUGUUGUCUUUUUUCUGUAUUAUUGCUAUUACGUUGUUAUGAUAUUCUGAUUUUUAUCGAAUAAAUUAUUUUCUUUCAAGAA